AUUAGAUUUUUUUCUCUUGUCAGUUAACAAUGUCUGCGUUUAUGCUUUUUAACUUUUCUUGGAACGUGUUUUGUAUAUCUUCUAGGUCAGUCAUAUCAUUUGGAUCAAAAAACAGAACAAUUGGAGUUGCAGCCAAAAAUCAGCAAGUCACUCAUGCAAACAACACUGUGUCUAACUUCAAGAGGUUUCAUGGCCGAGCAUUCAGUGACCCGUUCAUUCAAAAGGAGAAGGAAAACUUGAGUUAUGAUUUGGUUCCGAUGAAAAAUGGAGGAGUUGGAAUAAAGGUGAUGUACUUGGACGAAGAACACCUGUUUAGUGUGGAGCAGAUAACAGCCAUGCUGUUGACUAAGUUAAAGGAAACUGCUGAAAACAACCUCAAGAAACCAGUAACAGAUUGUGUCAUUUCAGUCCCCUCUUUCUUCACAGAUGCAGAGAGGCGGUCUGUGUUAGAUGCUGCACAAAUUGUUGGCCUUAACUGCUUAAGACUUAUGAAUGACAUGACAGCCGUUGCUUUGAAUUAUGGAAUUUAUAAGCAGGAUCUCCCAGGCCUAGAUGAGAAACCGCGGGUAGUGGUUUUUGUUGAUAUGGGACACUCCGCCUUUCAAGUGUCUGCCUGUGCCUUUAACAAGGGGAAAUUGAAGGUACUGGGAACAGCUUUUGAUCCUUUCUUAGGAGGAAAAAACUUUGACGAAAAGUUAGUGGACCAUUUUUGUGCAGAAUUUAAAACUAAGUACAAGUUGGAUGCAAAAUCCAAAAUCCGAGCACUGCUACGCCUGUACCAGGAGUGCGAGAAGCUGAAGAAGCUGAUGAGCUCCAACAGCACAGACCUGCCCCUCAACAUCGAGUGCUUCAUGAACGACAAGGACGUUUCGGGAAAGAUGAGCAGGGCGCAGUUUGAAGAGCUCUGUGCUGAACUCCUGCAAAAGAUCGACGCCCCCCUUCGUUGGCUGAUGGAACAGACUCAGCUCAAAGCAGAAGACGUGAGUGCUGUCGAGAUCAUUGGAGGCGCUACACGAAUUCCAGCCGUGAAAGAAAAAAUUGCCAAAUUCUUUGGAAAAGAUGUUAGCACGACACUGAAUGCAGAUGAAGCAGUGGCCAGAGGGUGCGCACUGCAGUGUGCAAUCCUGUCCCCAGCAUUUAAAGUUCGAGAGUUUUCCAUCACGGAUGCAGUUCCUUUUCCAAUAUCGCUGGUCUGGAGCCACGAUUCGGAAGAUACCGAAGGUGUUCACGAAGUGUUCAGUCGAAACCACGCUGCACCCUUCUCCAAAGUCCUCACCUUCCUGAGAAGCGGCCCUUUCGAGCUGGAGGCCUUCUAUUCUGACCCUCAAAGCGUCCCAUAUCCAGAAGCGAAAAUAGGCCGCUUCGUAGUUCAGAAUGUUUCCGCACAGAAGGAUGGAGAAAAAUCCAGAGUGAAAGUAAAAGUGCGCGUCAACAGCCAUGGCAUCUUCACCAUCUCGACGGCGUCGAUGGUGGAGAAGGUCCCCACCGAGGACAGCGAGCUGCCUUCCGUGGAAGCGGACGUGGAGGGUCAGAGCCAGAGACCCCCAGAAAACCCAGACUCUGAGAAAAGUAUCCAGCAAGACAGCAGUGAAGCUGGAACACAGCCCCAGGUACAAACUGAUGGUCAGCAGACCUCACAGUCUCCCCCUUCACCUGAACUUACCUCAGAAGAAAACAAAACCCCAGAUGCUGACAAAGCAAACGAAAAGAAAGUUGACCAGCCUCCAGAAGCUAAAAAACCCAAAAUAAAGGUGGUGAACGUGGAGCUUCCUGUCGAAGCCAACUUGGUCUGGCAGCUGGGUAGAGACCUGCUCAAUAUGUACAUCGAGACAGAGGGUAAGAUGAUAAUGCAGGAUAAGCUGGAGAAGGAGAGAAACGACGCCAAGAACGCGGUGGAGGAGUGCGUGUACGAGUUCCGGGACAAGCUGUGUGGGCCGUACGAGAAGUUCGUGGGUGAGCAGGACCAUCAGAACUUCUUGAGGCUGCUCACGCAGACCGAGGACUGGCUCUACGAGGAGGGGGAGGACCAGGCCAAGCAGGCGUAUGUGGACAAGCUGGAGGAGCUGAUGAAAAUUGGCACUCCGAUUAAAGUUCGGUUUCAAGAAGCUGAGGAGCGGCCAAAAGCGUUUGAAGAACUAGGACAGAGGCUGCAGCACUACGCCAAGAUAGCAGCUGACUUCAGAGACAGCGAUGAGAAAUAUAACCAUAUUGACGAGUCUGAAAUGAAAAAGGUCGAGAAGUCCGUGAAUGAAGCGAUGGAGUGGAUGAAUAACGUCAUGAACGCUCAAGCUAGAAAGAGUCUCGAUCAGGACCCAGUUGUGCGUGCUCAGGAGAUUAAAGCGAAAAUAAAGGAGUUGAACAACACUUGUGAACCUGUCGUAACACAACCCAAACCAAAAAUCGAAUCACCCAAACUGGAAAGAACUCCAAAUGGCCCAAAUACUGACAAAAAGGAAGACAACCUAGAUCAAGGCAAAAACGUGGGUGCUGACCCUCCACAGCAGAACGGCGAGUGUUACCCCAAUGAGAAGAGCUCCGUCAGCAUGGACUUGGACUAGGUGACCUGCGACGGGCUUCGCCCUUCACCUGACAUGUUUUUGCCAUAGUAUGUGACUCUUCAUAACACACCGAGACUAUUUAUAUUUUCUUUUUUAAGAAUGUUUAGAAAUUUUGUGUAUUAUAUAUGAAAAAAAGAAAAAGCUUGUCUGUAGUCUUUAUGAUCCUAAAAGGGAAAAUUGCCUUGGUAACUUUCAGAUUCCUGUGGAAUUGUGAAUUCAUACUAAGCUUCUGUGCAGUGUUACCAUUUGCAUCACUGAGGAUGAAAUUGACUUUUGUCUUUUGGAGAAACCAAAACAACUGUACUGCUUGCUCGAGGGCUGUGGGUUUCCCUUUAGCGUUCGCUCCUGCCAAGGUAGUUUUCUUGCAUUUCGCUCUCCAUUCCGGCAUGUGUGUGGAUGUUUAUAAAUGAGACCGUCUGAUUUCCUAAGGGCUUUCUAAGAUUCUGUCCAGUAGAAUGACUCUUUCCUUUGAUAUUAAAAUUUUGCCGAGUAAUGCAGACACUAGUGAAAUGUGUUAGCAGCAUGCAGAACAAACACUUUAAAACAUAUCUCGCUAUACAGUGCAUUUGUCACGUGAAGGUGUAAAAUGGAAGAGAUGUGGAUUCUGUUUGUAACCGGUAUUGUGAAGCCUUUUAUGAGCUUUAAAAUAAAGUUCAUCUCAUGGUGUCGUUUCUAAA